AUGGUCUAUCAAUGGGAACCACACAAAGAUGUGUGCUACCAACUUUAUAUCAAUGAGCGUCGGUCCCUCGAGGAUAUCAUGGUGCACAUGAAGAAUGUUUACCAGUUCACGCCGAGCAAACGCGCUUUUCAAGUUCAGUUUAGUCGAUGGAAGUUUCCUACAAAGCAAAGGCUAAAACAUAAGGAUGAUCGACUUGUGAAGCGCAUCCAUGAGCUAUGGAGGAGAAAUGUCCCUCAGAGUGAAAUGUUGCGAAUCCUUACUGAUGAGGAUGGCUUUGACAUCAAUUCCCGUGAACUCAUGAGAGUGCGUGCCCGCAAUCGAUGGCUCCUUAGAGUUCGAAAUGGUGACCGAGCAAGAUCUGGUGGUGAUGCUGAGCCUGAUGAUGAGAAUAUUGAGAAUGAUACUUCGCCUGAUGACGGAGACGUGACCAUUCCACUGCUUGAGCAAGAGCCCAGACAUCUUGACCAGCCAACACCAUAUGCUCCUGAAAACUCAACGCCAGAAGAUCCCGCCUCUGUCCCAACGACGCCCAAACCACGCAAGAUUAGCAAAAGACAAAGCCGAAGAAAUCGUCAACAUCUCACUGAAUCAGAACACAUUGUCCGUUUCCCAUCUGAAAUGACCUUGAACGAUUCCAAAGAAGCCCUCGGUCUCGAUGCGACCACUUACGCAGAAGCUCGCGAGUGUUUUUCUCGAAUCUGUCAACAAGAGUCCAUCGUCAAGAAAACCCAAGCUGGACCAGGAAGAUGGGACUAUGUCAAGAAUCGCCUGAUUCAUGAGCGCCCACACCUACAACAGGCUCUCUGGUUGUCCAAAGAGGACCUUGAGAGAAAGCAGCUUGCCUUGGACGUUAUUUGCACUGACGUGACCAAGCGUCUACGCAACCAGGACACCAGAAUGACUCUCGUCGAUGCAAAGAACGAGCUAGGUCUCAACCCAGAAGAGUCUCAUGAAAUCCGCGCUGCUUUGCAUGAAGUGUUGUGCGAUGCAAAGUUUACAUGUAAAUCUGAUGGUACACCAGAGCAAUGGGAAGAACUGAAGAAGCGAUGGCUCGAGAAGUCAGAACGCAUGAGGGCGAUCCCUCUUCAUGGAAAUGAUGAAUCAUCUCGCCGAAAAGUCAAGGCAGUCGAGAUCGUCGCUCGAGAUGUGAUCAAGAGAAGACGAGACGAGAAGAGAUCCAAGACCACCAAGAGUGGCGAAACUCCUAAGCAGAAGGAGUCAGCAAAGCGCAAGUCUCAGAAUGACAAACCGCAACAUACUGUUCAGGACGCGCAACUCACCGAGGCCCAACCAAGCAUAUAUCAACAACAAGCCCAAAGAGCGAUAGAGACGCCCCCUGCCUUUGGCAUGUCAGACAGCGGAGCUCCAGGGUCCAGUUCACCUGCGGAUCCGAUGAUGGACCAGCCUAUGGACAACAAUGGGCUUGAGCCUGUCGACUCACGUAUGGCCUACACAACAACCGGACAGCCACCAGCACCACAACGGCCAGGACAGGUACAAUUGCCGGCUCUGGGCAUGCCGGCUUCUCAGGGUGUCCUACCUCAGCCCCAUAGAAUGCUGGGCUCGUCCGCUGCCAACAACGUGCCCAUGGAUGCUCAGUACGGCUCGUCGAUGUACUUGGGGAAUCAACCACAGGCAAACUAUAUGGAGCAGCAAUACGUGCCGCACCAGUUCUCGGCGCCGGCGCCCAACACAAUGUUUUCGCCUGUGCCUUCAGUGCCUGCUGUACCAUCUUCUUUUGCAGUGUUCAUGCGAUUGAACCCUGCAUCGACAUAUCCGGCCAACACCAGCAUGUGGAUAUCUACAAUGUCUUCACAAUCAAUCCAAGAGUUACGACAGGUCGCGGUUACUAAAUUUCCCGGGGCGAUGUGUGUUCGUAUUGAGGGUAUCAUUAAGGACCCUAAGGGCAACGAAUUGCCCCUUCAGAUACAAGGAGAUGAUGAGUUAGCAGCAUACUUUGACCACAUGCAGAGUGGAACGCCGACUUUUACUGUCCAACUUGUCCAACACGGCAGCAUAUGA